GGCGGUAACCAAGAAGUCGAGCUUUGAUGAUGUGGAAGCUGGAGCCGCGGCCGAGAGUUGAUAACAUCGCGUCGCCUUCGAACGUCAAGGGAUCUCGCUCUGAUAGACGGUUUUCAAUUGUUCCUGCCGCAAUCGGUCGUUGUAAAUAGAACCCUUGUUUCGUCGUUUAGUUUUUUACACCUCGUUUUAAGUAGUUUCUUAAAAAUCAUGCCGCGGACAUUAUUUACACUCGGUAGUGUGUUCUUGGUUAUUGUUACCGUCCGGGCGAUUCCAAAGCCAGAUGAAGUUCAGGAUCGUGUAUUAGACAAGGACCUUAGCGAACAGGAACAUUUCAUUAAUUCGCAACACAAUCCGACUUACGAUCAUGAGGCUUUUCUUGGUGAGGAGGCCAAGACAUUCGAUCAACUGAGUCCCGAAGAGAGCAGAAGGCGCCUCGGUAUUAUAGUUGAUAAAAUUGACCAAGAUAAAGAUGGAUUUGUGACCCAAGAGGAGCUCAAGGACUGGAUAAAGUACACCCAGCAACGUUACAUCCAAGAUGACGUUGACCGGCAAUGGACGACACACAAUCCAGAGGACAAGGAAAAACUACCUUGGCAAGAAUACCGCAGCUUGGUGUACGGAUUUAUGGACGAUGCCGGGGACGAUUUACCUGAAAAAACCGAAGACGACAACUUCUCAUAUGCAGCUAUGCUUAAGAGAGACCGUCGACGGUGGUCGGUAGCCGAUAAAGACGGUGAUGAUGCAUUGACCAAAGAAGAAUUUGCCGGAUUUCUUCAUCCAGAAGAAUCUGAGGAUAUGAGGGAUGUUGUUGUCCUCGAGACAAUGGAGGAUAUCGAUAAAGAUGCCGAUGGAAAAAUAUCCGUCGCUGAAUAUAUUGGGGACAUGUACAGAGGAGGAGCUGACGAGGAAGAACCAGAAUGGGUGAAGAAUGAAAGAGAGCAGUUUUCUACUUACAGGGACAAGGAUGGCGAUGGUCUCAUGGAUGUUGAAGAGGUGAAGAAUUGGAUCAUCCCAGCAGAUUUCGAUCACGCGGAAGCAGAAUCCCGGCAUUUGAUCUACGAGGCAGACGGUGAUGCUGAUCAAAAACUUACCAAAGAUGAGAUCUUGGAGAAAUAUGACAUUUUCGUUGGUUCCCAAGCGACUGAUUUUGGAGAGGCUUUGGCGAGGCACGAUGAAUUUUAAUAAUAUUACAUUUUACUGCUUCAUUGAACAAAGUUUAUACAUAUAUUUAUAUUGAUAUUUUAAGAUAUUAGCUUAAAGAUUCAAACCUGUCAAGCAUUUAUGUCUAGCAUUUUCCAUUCUACAUAUAUUUAUGUACCUACUUAUAGUACCUACUAAACGAAUCGGUGAUAAAACUUGACUCAUGUUAUUCAUAUAACAGAAUACUUAUAUCACCUUCUUAAUCAAAAAUAAUGAAUUUCAAUCUCAUGUAAA